AUGAGGCACUGGUGGUCCAUCUGUGUUUUGCUCUUUUUGAUUUCCUUCAAUGUUUCUCUGCAAAGAAAACAAAAGAAGGCACCCCAGACUCUUUCAAGAGGAUGGGGAGAUGAAAUCACUUGGGUUCAGACCUAUGAGGAAGGUUUGGCGAAGAUGAAAGACAGCAACAAGCCACUUAUGGUCAUUCAUCACAUGGAAGACUGUCCACACAGUCAAGCUCUCAAAAAUGCUUUCGCUGAUCACAAAGAGGCUCAGACUCUGGCCAAAGAUGAUUUCAUCAUGCUCAACCUUUUGCAUGAGACGAUUGAUAAGAACCUGGCCCCUGAUGGCUACUAUGUUCCCAGAAUCCUUUUUGUUGACCCAUCCAUGACCGUGCGCGCCGACAUUAUCGGAAAGUACAGCAACCGCCUUUACACGUACGAACCGGACGACAUUGACUUCCUGGUAGAGAACAUGAAGAAAGCCACAGUAGUGCUUCACACAGAGCUGUGA